AUGUUGCAUAGCCUGGCAUUGCCGUUGUUCCUAUUUGGCCAGCUCGCUUCUGCGGCCGCGCCUUAUGGGGAAUACAUCCUAGCCCCAACCUCGAGGACCGUCUAUCCAGCCUCCGUCUACCGCGUCAACGGAACCGUCUCUGAUGCUCAGUCUCUCGUCGACUCACCCGAGAAUGCAACUGCAAUCCUGCGAGGGAACUCCACCAUCACCUUCGAUUAUGGCAAGAACAUCGCAGGGCUCGUCAGCAUAACCGUCGGCGCAUCUUCGUCCCCGGACGCCGUGCUGGCCCUGACCUUUACGGAAUCAAGUCUCUGGAUCAACGGGAAAGCGAGCGACGGCACUGCGGAUGCUGGCCUGGACACUCCUCUCUACCUGUCUGUGGGAGCUGGUCCUGGCACAUAUACAGUUGGCGACGAGUUUGAGAGAGGUGCUUUCAGAUACCUGAGCGUGGUGAGCAACUCGACUGGCACGGUCGAGGUAAAGAGUGUCGUCGUGGACUACAGGGCGGCUCCCACUCAGGAGGAUCUUACUUCGUACACUGGGUACUUCCACAGCAAUGACGAGCUGCUGAACAGAAUUUGGUAUGCUGGCGCCUACACGUGCCAGAUCUGCAGCAUUGAUCCCACCCAUGGCGACACACUUGUUUGGCUGAGGGUCAUCAACAGUACCCAAGUCAUUGAGCUACCAGAGACGGUCGGAUGGUGGAGCAACUACACCAUCACCGGCGGUAAGACUGCUCUUGUCGACGGCGCCAAGCGUGACCGUCUCGUAUGGCCCGGUGACCUCGUCGUGGCAGCGCCGAGUAUCUUUGUCAGCACCGGUGACAUGGAUUCCAUCCGCAACGCGUUGGACUCUCUCCUUAGCCUGCAAAAUUCAACGGGCGCCUUGCCGUACGCUGGUUCCCCGUUCAUUCAGGUCACGAAGCUUUACAGCUUCACCUACCACCUACACAACUUAUUGGACAUCGCACUGUAUUACGAGUACACCAACGACUUGUCGUACCUGCAGAGUGUUUGGGGCAACUUCACCUUGGGCCUGCGCUUCACGCUGAGCCACGUCGACGAGACGGGUAUGCUGGACGUGGCGACGGACUCGGACUGGCUGCGGAUCGGCAUGGGUGGCCAUAACAUCGAGGCCAACGCCAUCCUCUACUACACGCUGAACAAGGGAAUCGGUCUCGCCAACAUCCUGAAUGACACGGGAUCUGCAUCAAACUGGACCACCUAUGCCUCUGGUAUUAAAUCUGCGGCUAACGAGUUGCUUUGGGACAACUCCACCUCUCUUUACCGUGACAACGAGACUACCACCCUCCACCCACAGGACGGUAAUGCUUGGGCCAUUGUCUCCAACCUGACACUUUCCACUUCCCAGUCCCUCGCGAUUUCUGACGCCCUCAAGUCCCGCUGGGGACCGUACGGCGCACCAGCGCCGGAGGCGGGAGGCUCCCCGGAGACAGUCUCACCCUUCAUCGGAUACUUCGAGCUCAUGGCCCACUACAUGGCCGGCAAUGCCAGCGCCUCCCACGAGCUGAUGCGCACGGAGUGGGGCUUCAUGCUGGACGACCCGCGGAUGACGAACAGCACUUUCAUCGAGGGCUACAGUGCCGACGGCAGCCUGCACUACGCCCCGUACACGAACGACGCCAGGGUGAGCCACGCGCACGGCUGGUCCGCUGGCCCGACGAGCCUGUUGACGUUCUACACGGCUGGACUGCGCAUUGAGUCUGCCGGCGGAGCCACGUGGACCAUUUCCCCGAGGCUGGGGGGCCUGAGCACGGUGGAGGCCGGUUAUACUGCGCCGCUCGGUGCUUUCUCCGUCAGUGUCGAGGGAGACUCGAGCUCAGGGGCCGUCACGGCACUGAACUUUACCACACCUGCCGGGACGACAGGAACCGUCGAUCUUGGAUCUGGUGUGAGCGGCAGCCUGCAGGACGCUAGUGGAAACGUCGUGACUUUGACGAAUGGCCAGGCGGCUGGUGUUCAAGGAGGAAGCUGGAAGCUUGUUACCAGUGGGCAAUAUGUCACCAGCGGCUCCAAGUCGACGGCGAACAAUUGGCUUCUGUCGUCGGCACUAGUUUUCGUUUCAGUUUUCAUGUUCAUAGUAUGA